CCAUCGCGGGUCUCUGCGGGGUCUUGGGUUGGCAUGGGGCCCUCGGGGACCCCCGAGUGUGGCAGCUGUCCCACCUUGGAACACUGCGGGAACCCAACUGUGAGCCAGCGUAUGAACCACUUGCACCAGCCGGCUGCACUUACCGUCCAGGAGGUCCUGAGAGUGGCACGGAGGAAUGUCUGUGGGAGGUGAGAGCAAAGGCAGUGCCAGUCCCUCUGUUUCCAAACACUGUGCCCCUGUCCCUGGAGCAGCGGUGGAGGUGCUGUACCAGGUGCUGGGGAAGCAUUCCUGCAGAAGGUUGCCCUCCCGGAGCAUGUCCCGGGAUGCUCCUGGGGAGGGCGAGGCACAGGGCGCUGCCUGGCUCCAACGCCCUGCUCCAACGGGCCAGACGUGCCCGGGCAGCUCCAACAGCCUCCUGCCUGCACCCGUGCAGCCUCACAGCUGUGGGGGGAUGCAGCCUGAGGGCUCUGCCCUCGCCUACCGACCGGGCAGGGAUUUUCCAGCCAAGCCCGUUGUGUGGAUCUGAGCUCAGGGCAGCCCUCUGGCUCCCAGACAGCUGUUUACUGCGUGCUUCUCUUGGCUCUUCUCCCUCCACCAGCUCCUUGUGUUGCUCCAAGAGCAGUUUGAACAAUGCAGGGCUGUAACUGAGCUCCAUGGCGUGGGCCAAAUGCUCAUUCCCUCUAUGCAGAGCUGACUGGAGAUGCCAGUACCAUGGGGCAGGAGCCACCAUGGGGCUGGGAUCAGGCCAGUGGGUUCAGGUGGCUGUGGGCUUGGUGACGCUGCUCGAGUGUGUCACCUCUCUUCUUGCUCACCAGAUUAUUUUCCUACACUUUGGAAUUUUUGCUGUCAGGUGCACGGGGAAAUAAAGUGAAUUUUCCACAUCAGAGCAGGCCCUGCCAGCUGGCCAUGCUGGUGACACGUGGGGACUCAGGUGACCACGGGAGGGCUGGGAAUUUCCCUGUCUCCCUCAAGCCCUGACACAGCAUCAGGAUCCUCUGCCUGCAGUGGGCAGCGACGUUCAGAAGGGUUUUGGCUUUGUCCAUGGGAGCACCUCAGGCCCCAUGUGCAUCCAGGCUGCCCAGCCGGCACUGCGGGCUGAACCGGCACUUGGAACGUCACCAGGCACUGUCACGCUGCGUGACGCAGCCUGGCAUGGAGGAAUGCCCCGUGGUUUCGAUCCCAUGUGAGCGCUGAGCUGCCUUGGAGGGCGUCCUCGCCCGGCACUGACUCAGCAGCAGCCGCCGCACACGGAGCUGCUCCAGUGCCCGCCGGCCGCCGUCCCACAGGGACACGGGGAGGACGUGGCUGGGGAGCAGGAGGUGCGGGGACAUUGGGACACCAUCGGGACACCCUCGGAAAGAGCACAGGGGGAAGCAGUGCAGCAGUUGAUCCGUGCCGAGGAGGCUCCCACGCCGCAGGGCCGAUCCAGCCGACGGCACGUGAGCCCCUCGCUGCCCGUGGCGGCCGCCCACCCCCCGUCCCGGUGCCGGCACGGAGGAUGCCCGUCGAGGCGCUGCAAGCCGGCGACACCAUGAAGGGGGUGACGGUGACAGCGCCUUUCACCUCGGUCAUGCCCGUCCGCAUCCUCCGCAAGGGCCCCGCGUAUUUCCGCCGGCACGCCGAGCCGGGGGCCGGGAAGCCCAGCGCAGUGGAGAGGCUGGAGGCCGACAAGGCCAAGUACGUGAAGAGUCAGCGGGUCGCCAGCACCAAGCAGGAGCCGGUGAAGCCACUGCUGCUCAAGCAGCCCCUCUUCACGCCGGGGGUGCGCCGGGCUGCGCUCACCCCCAGCCGCAGGGCACCCGCGGGACCGCGCCGCGCCGAGGCUGCCAGCCCGAAGACCUCCCUUGACCUGGAGAUCCUCAACAACCUCAUCAACCUCUGUGACAGCCCCUUCCCUAAGGCUGAGAGCCCGCUGGGCAGGGAGUGCAGGUGGCGGGCAGAGGUGCCGGUGGCGGAGGGGCCUGGCAAGCUGCCGGAGAGCCCCACCACCACCAGGCCCCCCGGCAGCGUGGCCGUGCGGAGGGUGGACGUCCGUCCCUGUGGAGCUCCGAGGAGCCCAGUGACACCGGUGCCCGCGUCCCCCGUCCCAGGUGGGCUGCCUGUGACCCCAUCCCGGAGCUCACCCGCCCGCCCCGAGAGCGCCCGCCGGCAGCCGCUGCUGCACCGCUCCAAGUCGGACCUGAGCGACCGGCUCUCACGGGCCACCGCCGACCUGGAGCGCUUCUUCAACUACUGCGGCCUCGACCCCGAGGAGAUGCAGGACAUGGGGGCCGAGCGCUUCGCCCGUGCCAGCUCCGACAUUGUGUCCCUCAAGUUCCACAGCGUGAGCACGGCCAGCUCGGAGGGCGGGCGCUCCCCACCAAGCGCUGCCACACCGGAGGGGCGACCGGCCGAGCGUGUGCCCUACGGCAUCUCUGUCAUCGAGCGCAACGCCCGUGUCAUCAAGUGGCUCUAUGGGCUGCGCCAGGCCAGGGAGCCCCAGCAGGUCUCCGACGUGUAGCAGUGCUGUGGUGGGCACUGGAGAUGGGUUGCUUGCAAGCGGGCUAUGUUGGAUGGGGACAGAGCACAGACUGUGCCCUGGGAGGAGCAGGGACCUCUUGCCUGUGACAGGACUCUUGAACUCAGCCCCCCCUGUGCCACAGCACCACUGGCCCGAUGUAGUGGCUGGCCAUCCAUCGUCAGAGCCCUCUGCCAGCACUGAAGAAUCAGGCCCCUGCCAGCCCGCGGGAAGGCAGAGGAUACUGUGUGUCCCUGGGUGUGUGGCUGGUCCCCAAACCCCAUGGAACCUCAUGUGUGGCUGCCCUGCCUGCACUGCUGGCAGUUCUUGCCUGCUGUGCUCCUCACCAACACCCAUGGGUGGGGUGCAAGGGGCUGGUUCCCCCCUGCACAGAGCAGGGACACAGCCCUGGGGAAGGAGCUGCCUCUCUGCAGCCUCCACCGAGGGGAUCCCACUGCCUGGGGUGGGGGUUGUAUCCUGGUGGCCCUGUCUUACUGCUGAAGGUCUGGGAGAAGCCGGGUGCUUCAGGGGACAAACCUGAUCCCCUGCUUGGAGCCGCCCAGGGCUGUGUGUGUGUGUGAGUGGCUGCGGGUGCCUGUGUCCCCCCUCGGCUGCCAGUGGGUGUGCGGCCCCCACCAUGCUGGGCCUGGUAUUUAUGAAGACAAGAGUUCCUCUUUUCUACUGUUUUUCCCAAUGUUUGAUCUGUAAAUAAUAAUAAUGGUAAUGCAGCCAGGUUUAUUAAAUGUCUGUGUUUUGGA